AUGCAGCACCUCCCAAAUGAGCUCAUCGCUCACAUCCUCAGCUUCCUCGACUCCGACUCCAGCCUUGAGCGCGGCCUCUACCGCGACCCGUCAAAGAUUUCGAGGCCCGUCCAUUCCGGAAAGGACACACCCCUCAAGAAUGCGUCCCUCGUGUGCCGCAUCUGGAGGCGCUCCGUGACGCACCUCCUCUUCCGCCACGUCGUAUGGUGCUUCCACCGCUUCUAUAAGCCGACGUGCCAAGACAUCGUUGCGGGUGUCGACGUGUUGGACUUUCUUCGCAGGAGCGGUGUAUCGAAGCAUGUUGAGAGUUUCACCAUCUUUAUGGACAUUCCUAGGGGCUCUGGACAGCAUCGAUAUGCUGAUGGUCAGUUUUGGGGUCUGUUGCCACCCGAGUCUCAUCAGCCCGAGAGGCCCAUGUCGUGGAACCUCCUCUGGUCCGUUUUGACUCAAGAGCCCCAGCGCGCUGACCAAGGCGGUCAAGAGAGAUCUGAAGAGGAGAGAGGUCGACAACAUUGGGAUAACAAUUGGCUGUGGCAUGCUUUGUUCGACGUCAUUGACCCCUUGCGUGUCACCUUGAUCAGUUCACCAGAUCUUGUCGCUUCACUUCUUAGUAGGACUGUAGACCUGUCGAGUGACUGGGCCUUUAACAGUACCUUCUACAUUAUCUCGUUAUCACGCGAACCUGGCAUUUCCGACCUUUCCAAGAGGACCAACGCUUUGCCGUCAGAGAGUCCAGCUAGGGAGAGUCAUCUCCCAAUCGACCUGUUCGCCAUACGAGACUGGACUUCACUAUUCAUCAACGAAGGCUCCUUUGCACCGGUCUACUCGACAUACGAAUUCUUUCACUACUCACCGGCAACUCUCCUUCCUGUGAUAUUCGAACCCACCGACACCUCGUUCAACGUGAUGCGCUCAACCCUCAAGUCCCUCUCUUACAUCGCCAUCUUCCCUCUCUCCCACCACAUCGCCGACUUUCUUAUCCCCAACUGUCCGCCCGUUGAGCACCUAUUUGUCCAACUCAUGCCUAAGAACCGAGACUUUUGGGAGAGCGAUGGUCUUUCUCGUGUGAACCUAUCCGACCUAUGGCUGGAGUGCGACGCAUCCUACUCGCUCCUCAUGAGACAGAUACUGGAUCCCGUCCCUCAACCAGGCUGGGAAAAGCUAAAGGUGUUUGAGAGUGGUGAUGCGCCGACAGAAGGAGUUUGGCGAAGGGGGUUUUAUGAUGCUUACAUCGACGGCGUGAAUGGUUGGAGGGAGGAGAGCGAGGGCCUCUUUAUAAGAGACGCACUUCCUGAACAUUGGAAAUUUGAAGCUUCAGGGGAGUUUUACUGA